GUCACAUGGAAAAUUAUAAUACAAACCCAUGUGUGUAGAGAAUCGUUAUGGGAAAGAAGAAGGGGGCUCGUAAAAAGGGAACACAAAAGGCACCUGCCUCGACACUUGAUAGCGAGGACGAAUCUCGAUAUGAAAAGUGGAACACAGCAGAUGUCGAUUUUCACAAGGACGAGAUAGACCAAUACCUCGAGGGGAAGGAGAUACUCCCACUAAACAAUGGCUCUGAUUACGCUAGUUGUUCAGAGAAAGAGGACUCAGACGAUGAAGAGGUACUGGGGCUAGAGACAUUAGAGACAGAUCAAGAAGAAUCCUCAAGUAAUGAAGAGGAGGAGGAAGAUGGUGAUGGAGAGAAAGAGGAGUUUGGGCCAUCAGAUAAAGCCUGGGGUAGUAAGAAAAACACUUUCUAUAACACUGAUUACAUUGAUGAUGAAGGAGAGGCUAGCUCAGAUGAGUCUGUAGCAGAAGAGGAACAAAGAGAAGCUCUGUCUUUACAACGCCGCAUGAUAGAAUCAUUGCAUGAUGAUGAUUUUGUCAUUAGCGAUUUACCAGCCGUUUCACAGCUUAGUCUUAAUCAAACUAACACUUCGACUAUUGUGCCAAAGGAUCUUACGAAACUGUCAGAUGAUGAGCAGUUAGCAUUUAUUGAGGAAAAUUGGCCAGAAUUCAUAGAACUAACUAAUGAUUUAAGUAUAAAAGAGGAGUCUUUUGGAGAAAUGCUAAAAUAUUUCAAAAAUAGCCAGAAAGAGAAGUUUGAUAAGCUAUCGCCAAAAGCUAAACUGAUAUCGAUGCUUGAUCAAUUGUAUCAUCUGUAUAAGUUGAAUAUCGUUUUUUAUUUGACACUUCAAGCCAAUCAAGCAUCAGUUGUAGAUCAUCCUGUCAUGUCUAGGAUCAUGGAGCUCCAACACAUGCUAGAACAAGUUGAGUCUUCGAUUGCUAUUGACCAGUUGAAAAAUACUGAGGCAGUUUCUGUGGCUCCUCCUCGUAGUGGCAUCUUGAAGCAAAAAGAUGAUCUGGUACCUAAAAAUCAAAAGCGUCCAGCUCCUGAAGACCCAAUUGAGUUUUAUGAGAGAAUAAAGAAAGCGAAAAAAGAGAAGAGGGUUUCAUUUGGAAGUGACUUACCUCAAGUUAGCAAAGAGCCUGAGGUUAUUGAAGCUAAUGGGAAGAGAGCUAUUACAUAUCAGAUUGCCAGCAACAAGGGCCUCAAUGCAAGAAAGAAAAAAGAAUUACGAAAUCCUCGAGUCAAACAUCGCAGGAAAUUUGAGAAAGCUGUCACUAAACACAGGCAUGUUGUGCGACCAGUGGAAAAGGAGCUGUAUCGUUAUGGAGGAGAGAAAGGUGGAAUAAGAUUGAGCCUUGCUAGAAGUGUUAAAAUUAAAUAAAUUAUUAUGAUGUGCAUGUAUAAUUGACUAAUUUAUCGUGAUCAUGUGAUGUUACAUAAUAAUUAUUAUUGUUAUACCAUA